AUGGAAAAUGGAGACACGUCGGACGCGGCGCGGCUAUGGGCACUGCUGUCUGAGCUCAUGGAGCAAACAAACCAGCAUCGACAAUUCUCCGCUCAGCUGCACUCGCAGGCAAGUGACAUCAAGACGCAGGCCAUCCAUACUCAGACCGGCUUUGUGUUGCGACGAUUCAAUUUGGAUAAGACAAAGGAGGAAUAUGAUAAUGAACUCGAACGGAUGAACGUGUCGAUUGCGGCGGAGAACGUCGCCCUACAGAACGACAACAAGCAACUGAAUGCGCUAAUCCGCGAGUACGAGUCUACAUUGGAAACGCUGAUGGACCAGUUUCGCAACCGGGCGCAUGAGAUACAAGAGCAUGAACUAUCGCUCAUACGGCAUUACGAGUCGCAACUACUGGAGCGCGAGGAUGAGGCGCUGAAUGAGGCGCUGGCGGCAUCAAGUUCGACGUCGAAUACGCUCACGCAGAUAUCUCAGUUAUUGCGGCAGACGUUACGCGCGAUGCAGGGCGAGGACUACGAGGAGCAGCCGGUCGGGGACGAGUAUGCGGAGUUUCUUGCCGAUACGACCGCGCCGGGUGCAGAGAGCCCUGAAUGGGAUGCUGUGGCGAGGGCGGAUUGGGCUCUUGAGCGGGAAUGCGAACUCGCUCGAUUGGAGGACGAGAAUAGGAUGCUGCGCCGGCUCCUCGGUGAACAGGUCGAGGAGGCACACGAUGCCGAGCUAUUUCCGCCCGGUGCGCUGGAUACUGCGAUGGGACCCGUACGCGAGGGUGAACGGGGCAUGGCGGGCGAGGAUGGACGGAUGAGCGCCAUGCCCACUUUGCGUGCCAGUCGACCUCCUGGGCCUCAUAUGCUGGGUGGACCAAAAGGCACUGUUGGCCCGUUCGGCUCGUACAAGCGUAUGCGCGCUGGAUUGAGCGCAAAUAUGGGCAUGUAG